UUUAUGAGAGGAGGGUUCACGUGGGGCUGGGAAGAAAGUUGGGUGGAACGGAACUAGGGUGAACGCGAGGGCAACCCGCUUGCGGGUGGUGAGAAGAACAGCGUCUUUCCGCCGUCACGUUCGGACUAGGGACACUGUGAGGGAGGAAAAGAAGAAAACGUUCUGCAGGUGUGUGCUGUGUGGGAGGAAGAAACCGAGAACGCUGCUGCCUCUUCUUUUCUCCCCCAUGUUUCCAAAAAGGGUCGACUGAACUGUGAAAAGAAGAAGGGGGUGAAAAAACCACGGCUCGACAGCGGGAGAAAGCGUGUCGUGCGUGCCCUGGUUCGUCCACGGGAGUUUUUUUUCGAAGGGGGGGGAGACGUUACGUGUGAAGGCGACAAAAAGCCAGGCGCGCCGCUGGCCUCCGCCUGAAGCUCCCCUAACUUAAGUGUUGUGACUUCAGGCGCUUUGUGACUUCACUCGCUGGGCGGCUAGUCACCCCUGUGAGCCCGCGCGGCCUCUUUUGCCUCCAUGUCUGGCCACGGCGGGGAGAGGCAGCUGUUGAUCCCUCGGGGGAGCCCCUGGUGGCGCAGGAUGCCCUGCUUCACGCGAGGAGCGGCCUUCAUCCCAGCACUGUUGGUCUCCUGGUCUUCGGCCGCCUUCAUCAUCUCCUACGUGAUCGCCGUCCUCGCCGGCCAUGUGGAGCCGCUUUUCCCAUACAUAAGUGAUACAGGAGCAAAACCUCCAGAAAGUGGUAUCUUUGGAUUUAUGAUUAAUGUUUCUGCAUUCCUAGGUGCAGUUACGAUGUAUACAAGGUAUUUAAUUGUAAAGCAGCAAAAUGAAGUGACCCAUUUUAUUAACCCUUAUUUCAAUUUAAUGACACUGUGUGUUGGAGUGGUGGGUUGUAUUGGAAUGGGCAUUGUUGCAAGCUUUCAGGAGUUAGCGGUUCCUGCUGUCCAUGAUGGAGGAGCUCUUGUGGCUUUUAUCUGUGGUGCUCUGUAUAUUGUGCUUCAGACAGUCAUUUCUUACCGGUCACGCCCACAAUGGAGCACGCCAUGUACAUGUCACACAAGGCUGUUCCUCUCUAUAAUGACUUCGGUAGCUCUCUUUCCCAUGAUUGCAUGUGCUUCGCUAAUAACCAUAACAAAAAUAGAUUGGAAUCCAGGUGAAAAGGACUAUGUGUAUCAUUUUGUGAGUGCAAUUUGCGAAUGGACAGUAGCCUUUGGUUUUGUCUUCUUCUUCUUAACUUUCAUCGGAGAUUUUCAGGGAGUUACCUUGCGGAUAUCAACAGAAAUACAUGAAAACUUCUGAUCGGUUCUUUUUAUAAUUAGGAUCAUAGAAGCUGGGGUUGGGGAGAAGUUCAUUAAAGAAACUGUUGCAGAGAAACAGGAACAGUUAAAGCUGAUGUGACAGGGACCUGCUGUAUCAACGCUGCAAUUUGUAUAAUCAUAGUCAGGGGAAAGUGUCUCUUUUAAUUUUAUCAAUAUUCCCUAAUGUAUCAUUUUUUUCCUUUUA